UUGAUCGAACUCGCAAGCAGCUGGAAUUGUGGAAGCUCUCUAUCGUAAUUUAGUGGCAGAGUUUCAAAGUGUCAUCCGUUAAUCCUUAUCAGACAAAACCUUCUACACUUGUUCCAAACCAAAUCCAUAGUAUUUUACUAAAAAUAACACGUGUUUUGAGAUGGUUGAAAAUUGAAAUCUCAUGAAAUCGACAAAAGAUUUUAUGUUAACAUCAUGACUUUGGCAACGUGCGGACGUGAAAUCUCUAUAAUCCCUUCCCACUUCACACUUCUCUCUCACUCUCUCAUCAAUGGAAGAUCGGUUGAAGGAGAAGGAAACGAUGGUGAAAGAGCCUCUCUUGGAGAGUGCUCAAGAAAAGGGCGGUUUUAGGACUCUGCCCUUCAUAAUUGGAAAUGAGGCACUGGAGAGGAUGGCAACUUUCGGGCUGUCGCCAAACAUGACUCUGUAUUUGAUCAAUGAGUAUCAUAUGCAGAUGACAACUGCGGCGAAUGUGUUGUUCAUGUGGUCGGCCGCCACGAAUUUCAUGCCGAUUGUUGGAGCUGUGAUUGCUGAUUCAUACUUGGGCAGGUUUCAUACAAUUGGAUUUGGAUCCAUUGUCUGUCUCGUGGGGAUAAUUCUUCUAUGGUCCACAGCGGUAAUCCCACAGGCGAGGCCUCCACCAUGUGAUCAGUCGAGCAUCGUUUGCAGCCCUCCGAUGAUCUUCCAGUUUCUGUACCUAUGCCUCUCGUUUGGACUGAUUUCUAUCGGGGCAGGAGGAAUCAGGUCGUCUUCCUUGGCUUUUGGCGCUGAUCAGUUGGAAAAGAAAGGUUUCCAUAAAAGCCCCGGUGCCAAACAGAGCUACUUCGGCUGGUACUACGCUUCUUUGACGCUAUCUAUCCUCGUCGCCCUAACUUGUGUCGUCUAUAUUCAAGAAAACUUGGGAUGGGGAGUCGGUUUUGCAGUUCCUGGUGUGCUCAUGCUGGUUGCUGUCAUCUCGUUCUUUCUGGCCUCCCCCUUUUACGUCAGAUUCAAGAGCAGCUCGAAUUUGAUCACGGGCUUCGCUCAAGUGGCCGUUGCUUCUUUCAGAAACCGGCAUCUCAAGUUGUCGGACAGCACGAGCGAUCUAUAUCUCUGCAGGGACGGCUUUGGGCUUAUGAUCCCGAGUGAAAAGCUAAGGUUUCUCAAUAAGGCUUGCGUUGUAAGAGAUGUCGGGAAAGAGCUGACCCCCGAUGGGAGAGCUGCGAAUCCAUGGCGGCUUUGCACAGUUGAGCGAGUAGAGGAGCUCAAGGCGCUACUGAGAGUCAUCCCGAUAUGGUUUUCGGGGAUGAUCAUGUCGAUAAACAUGAGCCAAAGCACUUUUCCGGUGCUCCAAGCGGUUUCGAUGGACCGGGAGAUAACUUCGAGUUUUGAGAUCCCGGCGGCCUCGUUUGGCAUGUUCGCGGUCGUAGCCGUGAUACUAUGGGUGGUCCUCUACGACCGCGCGUUUCUUCCCCUAGCCUCCCGGCUCAUGGGGCGGCCGGUCUGUGUGAGUGCUAGACGAAGAAUGGCGAUAGGGAUCUUCCUUUCGUUCCUAGCAAUGAUCGUCUCGGCCGCAGUAGAGGCCAUCCGUAGAUCCGUCGCCAUCGAGACGGGCAAAUCGAACCACCCGCAGGCUGUCAUGGCCAUGUCAGCGCUGUGGCUCGUCCCGCAGAACUUCCUCACGGGGUUCGCUGAGGCGUCCAAUGCUAUUGCGCAGAACGAGUUCUACUUCUCCGAGCUCCCGAGGAGCAUGUCGAGCAUAGCCUCCACGCUUCUCGGGAUCGGGAUGUGCCUGGCGAAUAUCCUCGCCAGCUCGAUAAUGAACACGGUCGACUACUUGUCGAGGCAAGGCGGAGACGAGAGCUGGAUCUCGAGCAACAUCAACAAGGGCCACUAUGAUUACUACUACCUUGUUCUUGCUGGUUUGAGCAUGGCUAACAUGUAUUUUCUCGGUUGUAGCGCCGCGUUCGGGCCGUCGACGGAGGAAGGGAAGCUGCCGGAGGAGGAAGAGAAUGGAUUUUGUGAAGGCGACGGAGGAACCGAAAAAGGAUUCCCCCAAAAACAAAAACAAGUGUCUAAGUGUUUCCCGUAAGAGAAAAGUAAAUGAAUCGACCAAGCAGAAUGUUGGUGUGGUCACUGGUGGAGGUGAAGGCGUUCCGGCUGCUGCUCCAAAAAAAAACAAGGCAUGAAAAGAGAAAGGAAGCCCUUGUCAACUACAAGCAGCUUGUGGUGAAGCCUGCGGAAGACUACGCAUCGUUGUUCACAAGAACAACAUCUUGUGCUCUUUUUAAGGCUAUAGGUCAGAUGAACGACCUACAGCAGUAUUCUGUUGGUCGUCUUGGAUUUGAUGAGAUUCUGGAGCUUACUAUUCAGGAUAUCCCCGGGAGGCUGAGCUACUUUGUGCUGGAUUCAUUUAAUAGGAGGCGAUGUGAUAUUACUCUACCUAAUGGUCAAACAAUCCCAGUGACUGAGGAUGAUGUCCACAAGAGUGCUUGGCUUCCCAAAAGGUGGAAAGAAGAUUCAGCUAAUCGACUCAAAUCAGACAACACCUUUGUGUCAGGAAUGGAAGCAGCAUUUUCCAAAUACACAUCCAAAGAAAAUCAAGAUAACCGAAGUAAAGGAUGCAAUGCUUGCACAUGAGGACGGAAGCAAAUGGUUUAAGAUCCAUUUCAUGGUUAUGCUCACUCACUGUUUGAUCGAGAGUACACGCAACGGAUGUGUGUUCCCCCGGAUGAUAAAGUGCCUGGAAGACUUGAACUCUGUUGGCCAGUGGAACUGGUGUGAGUUCGUUAUAAGAUCACUGAUUGAAAAUCAUGGAGAUUGGGAGAAGGAUACAGCGACAUACUUUGUCAAACCUACAUUGUUUCUGACGGUUUUUUACGUUGAUAGGGUACGAUGGCCAAACUCGGACAUAAGAAGGGAUUUCCCAUUGAUUAAGAACUGGAGUACGAAGUUAUUAAGGAAACGAGAGAGUGCUGAGAUUGCUGCUAAUGGUUUUGGGGUUGGUGUGGUCGUUGGACCUAUAGAUGUUGAGGCAGAGAUUGCACGUGCAGAGAUUGUUCGUGCAGAUAUUGACCGUGCUGCUAGACGGAAGGAUAUUGGAGAUGAUGGCGAGGGGGCACAUGUUGAUGAAUCUCUGGCCAUGAAGAUUACUCGUUUCAAGAAAGCAAGAGAUGCACUGAUCACAGUAGUAAAUGAUGCAGUCCCACAUGAUCCUGAAUCAAACACCCCUGAUUUUGAGGAAGCAAGGCGUUUGUUGUUGAGUGCGCCCAUUGUGACUACUAGUUUGGCAGUUGAAAAAAUUAAAGAGGGCAUCAAUGCAGUCAAUGUGGAUCACAUGACUGACACACACCCGUCGUGCGGUGCGGGCAAAAUACUUGUGUAUGCCCAGUACAGACAAUACACGCUCCUACGUCUCACAACAAGAACUCAGUCUUAGUGGUAAGUGUAGGGUCGAAUCCCACAGGGAGUGAGGAACCACUUUGUUCUCCAACGACAAACUGAGGUGUCACAAUUCUCAAUCUGUAUACUCUGCACAAGAAAUUAACAAGAUCAAUAAUAAAAGGGGGUGAGGUUAUUCGGUUAGGUCAUAACUGUUGUUA